AUGCACAUCCUCCGUCCGAAGCUGUUCGGUGAUCUGAAGGGUUGUGUAUCUGAACUGGCCUUGAGAUUGAAUACGUUGGACAACGUAAAAGCAAGGCUACGGUUGUUCAAGGAGUCCGGAAUUGUUGCUGGAGCAUUUGAGUCCAAUGAUCUGCUCGACCUUAGCGAAGAAGUCAUCAGUGCUGCGCCCAGGACGCUGUUCGAGAUGUUGAAGCCGCUGGUGGGUGGAGCCCACAAGAUCUCCAAGAGCAAAAUACCCCAUCCUGAUUCCCCAAGGGACGAUCACAAAGAGUCGUCUUCCCAUUAUCAGUCUGUAACAGAGGAGGUGAACACCGACAGUGUCGAUGACUCGCCAUGA